UGGAAAGAGUGCGAGGGGGCGCGCGGUGGUGGGGACUGAGAUGGGUGUCUCCCUUAUGGAUGCCUGGAAAAUAGGAGGAGGACAAGGAGGAGGGCGAGAGCCUGCUCGCGUGGCCUUCUGUUGACCCCCGGGGUAAAGCAUCCGCUGCAGGGCAGGCGAAGGGUCAGGAUCCGACGGGCGGAACCCCUGGACAGCUGCCUGCUCCGCCGGAGCAACCUGAUCUGGCCAUCUGGAGCGAGGAGAGCUGAGCGCCGGGAUCUCUGCUUUCCCGCCCUGAUUGUCUGCAGGCGCCGCUGGAUGGGCCGAGCUACCCGCGGGCAGAGGGAGCUGGUGGCCGCGCAGGACUCGAACCCGCGCCCGAGCCGCUCUCCAGCGGGGCAGGAAGAGUCGCGUGGGGCUCCUGUCUCCGCCCUGCACCACCAAGCAAGGAGUUGCUGUUUGAGAUGCUGCCCUUAACUGGCAAAACGAUCAUAUUUGACAGCUUUCCUGAUCCUUCAGACACCUGGGAAAUAGUUGAGACGAUUGGCAAAGGAACAUAUGGCAAGGUUUUCAAGGUGUUCAACAAGAAAAAUGGGAGCAAAGCUGCAGUCAAAAUCUUGGAUCCAGUUCAUGACAUUGAUGAGGAAAUUGAAGCAGAGUACAACAUUUUGAAAGCUCUUUCUGACCAUCCAAAUGUAGUCAAGUUCUAUGGACUGUACUACAAGAAAGAUGUGAAGGAUGGAGACCAGCUGUGGCUGGUUCUGGAGCUGUGUAAUGGAGGAUCUGUGACUGACCUUGUAAAAGGAUUUCUGAAGCGAGGAGAAAGAAUGAGUGAAGUUAUUAUUGCUUUCAUUUUACAUGAAGCCCUGAUGGGGCUUCAGCAUUUGCAUGAAAACAAAACUAUCCACCGUGAUAUCAAGGGAAAUAACAUCCUUCUAACCACUGAAGGAGGUGUUAAACUUGUGGAUUUUGGUGUAUCAGCCCAGCUGACCAGCAGUCGUCUCCGUCGGAAUACAUCUGUGGGAACUCCUUUUUGGAUGGCUCCUGAGGUAAUUGCAUGUGAGCAGCAGCUGGAUAGUUCCUAUGAUGCCAGAUGUGACGCCUGGUCACUUGGGAUCACCGCUAUAGAGUUAGGCGAUGGAGAUCCACCACUGGCUGAUUUGCAUCCUAUGAGAGCUCUGUUCAAAAUACCAAGAAAUCCGCCUCCUACAUUGCGGCAGCCAGAGAUAUGGUCAUCUGAAUUCAACGACUUUAUCAGCAAGUGUUUGACCAAAGAUUAUGAGAAACGCCCAACAGUGUCUGACCUGCUGCAGCAUGACUUUGUGAAGCAAGUGGAGGGCAAAGAGACUGUCUUGCAGAUGCAGCUGAUGGAAUUCAUUGAUGUUCACCAGCAAAUGGGAAUCACAGAAAAAGCAAGAUUUGAGCGUAUUCAUACUAAGAAAGGGAAUUACAGUAGGUCUCCAGUUACCAACCAGGAAGAUGUAGAUGAUUUGGCAACCUUGGAAGUACUAGAUGAGAAUACAGUAACAGAGCAACUGCAAAAGAGCUACGCCAAGAAUCAGAUCUACACCUACGUGGGGGACAUUCUCAUUGCAGUCAAUCCUUUUCGGAACUUAGACCUUUACGCUACACAGCAUUCCAAACUGUACAUUGGGGCCAAACGGACUGCCAACCCUCCUCACAUCUUUGCUGUGGCUGAUAUCGCAUACCAGUCCAUGGUCACAUUCAGCUCUGAUCAGUGUAUUGUCAUAUCUGGAGAAAGUGGAGCAGGGAAGACACAAAGUGCCCAUCUUCUGGUUCAGCAGUUGACUGUCCUUGGAAGGGCUAAUAACAGGACACUUCAAGAAAAAAUUCUCCAAGUCAACAAUCUGCUGGAGGCUUUUGGAAAUGCAGGCACUAUUAUUAAUGAUAAUUCCAGCAGAUUUGGGAAAUACCUAGAAAUGAAGUUCACUUCCAGUGGAACUGUUGUAAGUGCUCUGAUUUCAGAAUACCUCCUAGAAAAAUCAAGAGUCAUACAUCAAGCUGUAGGAGAGAAGAAUUUUCAUAUUUUCUAUUACAUCUAUGCUGGUUUGGCUGAGAAGAAAAAACUAGCUCAUUACAAAUUGCCAGAAAAUAAACCUCCCAGGUAUCUACAAAAUGAACAUCUCAGAACUGUACAAGAUUUAAUGAACAAUAGCUUCUACAAAUCCCAGUUUGAAUUAAUUGAGCAGUGCUUCAAGGUGAUUGGGUUUACGAUGGAGGAACUAGGGAGCGUAUACAGCAUCCUUGCUGCCAUUUUAAACGUGGGCAACAUCGAAUUCUCUUCCGUAGUAACCGAGUACAUGAUUGACAAGAGCAUCAUUUCCAAUCCAACGCCUCUGGAGAACUCCGCAUCUUUGCUGUGUAUACAGGCAGAUGAACUGCAAGAAGCUCUGACCUCUCAUUGUGUGGUGGCCCGAGGGGAAACUAUUAUACGGCCCAACACGAUGGAAAAAGCUUUCGAUGUAAGAGACGCCACAGCCAAAGCCUUGUACGGGCGUCUCUUUAGUUGGAUAGUCAACCGCAUCAAUGCGCUGCUCAAGCCAGGUACAUUUUUAAGCGGAAAUGACGAAGGGCUGAACAUUGGGAUUCUUGACAUCUUUGGUUUUGAAAACUUCAAAAAGAAUUCGUUUGAACAGCUCUGCAUCAACAUUGCCAAUGAGCAGAUCCAGUUCUACUUCAACCAACAUGUCUUUGCAUGGGAGCAGAAUGAAUACCUGUACGAAGGCGUUGAUGCACGAGUCAUUGAGUAUGAAGACAACAGGCCCCUGUUAGAUAUGUUCCUGCAAAAACCAAUGGGAUUAUUGUCCUUGCUUGAUGAGGAAAGCCGGUUUCCUCGCGCCACUGAUCAGACGCUUGUGGAAAAAUUUGAAGACAACCUGAAAUCAAAAUAUUUCUGGAGACCAAAAAGAAUAGACUUGACGUUUGGGAUUUACCAUUAUGCAGGGAAGGUUCUUUAUAACGCAAGUGGAUUCUUGAACAAAAACCGAGAUACUUUGCCAGCUGAUAUUGUACUGCUCUUGCGAUCCUCGGAAAACUAUUUGACUCGGCAGCUGGUAAUCCACCCUCUUACAAAAACAGGUAACUUGGCACAUACGAAAACCAAGAGUGCGAUAAACUACCAGACAUGGACGCCACAGAAAUCAAUCAGCCAAACUAAGCUGGAUUUCUUUGUGUUGUGCAAUUCGUAUUCCUUCCGUGAGAGUGAGCCAGAGGAUUCCACGCAUCAUCCGAGGGAAACAACCAAUAUGAAAACGCAGACAGUUGCUUCAUAUUUCAGAUAUUCGCUCAUGGACUUGUUAUCUAAAAUGGUGGUUGGCCAACCUCACUUUGUGCGCUGCAUUAAGCCGAACAAUGAUCGACAGGCAAACAAAUAUGACAGAGAAAAGGUAUUGGUACAGUUGCGCUACACGGGAAUUCUGGAAACUGCACGGAUCCGGAGACAGGGUUAUUCUCACCGUAUUCUCUUUGCUAACUUCAUAGAGCGAUACUAUCUCCUUUGUUACAAAUCAAGUGACAAACCCCCUGUAAGCCCUGAAACAUGCGCUGCCAUCUUGGAAAAAGCCCAGCUUGAUAACUGGAUACUUGGGAAAACUAAGGUAUUUCUCAAAUACUAUCAUGUUGAGCAGCUGAACUUAAUGCGAAAGGAGACCAUUAACAGGAUUGUUUUGAUUCAAGCGUAUGUCAGAGGAUGGCUCGGUUCAAAGAGAUACAAAAAGAUAAAGGAGAAAAGGGAAGAAAGUGCAAUUAAAAUACAAGCAGCUUACCGGGGAUAUGUUACUCGCAAGCAGUAUUCGAAUGCAAAGGCAGCAUACAAAAUCGAAAUGUGCAUUACCAAGCUACAGGCUGCUGCAAGAGGAUAUUUAAUCAGGAGGAAAAUUAAGGAAGAAAAGGAAGCAAAUUCUAAAGCAGCAACGACAAUUCAGAGUCAUUACAGGGGAUACAGGGAGCGAAGGAGCUUCAAAAGGAAAAGGGAGUCACUUCUUAGGAAGGAACAGGCUGAAACGGCAGCUACCCCAGUGAAGGAAGAAGAAGAUGUACAAAUUACAGAGAUCGAGAGUAACACGACCGUUGGACACAACAACUCUCCUCCCCGAAGUGAGGAGGAGGCCGCUGUCAUCCUUCAGAGCAACUACCGUGGUUACAGAGAAAGGAAGAAGGUGAAGGAGCAGGGCUUCAAGAAUGCGGCAGGGCAGGAACCACCUCAAGAGGAGAACCUCAAACCAGCACCAGAAGCCGAAGCUGGUAUGGACCAUUGUAAGAAAAUGGGAGAUGCAGAUGAAGCACAAAGCUCUCCUGUAGAGGUUGAGGUCAACGCAAAUGUUGAGCUCAAGUCACCACCUCACACUGAAGAGGAGGCGGCUGUUAUCCUCCAGAGUAACUACAGGGGUUACAGAGAACGGAAGAAGUUUAAGGAUGAGAAGUGUAAGAAACUGGGAAGUACAGAUAAGGGGCAGGCCUCACCCCCAGAGGUCCACGUCAGUGCAGCUGCUGUGCCCAAGUCACCACCUCAGACUGAAGAAGAUGUACAAAUUACAGAGAUGGAGAGUAACACGGCUGUUGGACACAACAAGUCUCCUCCCCGAAGUGAAGAGGAGGCCGCUGUCAUCCUUCAGAGUAAUUACCGCGGUUACAGAGAACGAAAGAAGGUCAAGGAGCAGGGCGGCAAGAAUGUGGCAGGGCCAGAACCGCCUUCAGAGCAGAACCUCAAACCAGCGCAAGAAGCAGAAGCUGGUGUCGACCAAAAAGGUGCAGCUUCUGUUGUGACUCAGAGCAUCUCUGACUUAGAUCUGAAGGCACCAGAGGAGAAGGAAGAAGUACUUCCCAGGAAACGACAGUCUUCUGUGAAACAAAAACUCCCAGAGGAAGGUGAGAAAAAGGCCAUUUCCGACGGCUUGCCUAAGAAAGCAUCUAUCAGAAAGGCAAGUGAAUCGAGCCAGCCAACUCUGCAUGGAAGAAGGGGCUCGGAGGUGCAAAGGCCGUCUCCCAUUGUUCCCCAUGGCAGUCACCUGGAAAGAGGUUCUUUGAAACACGGCCAGCCGCCUCCCUUUGAAAAUAAAGCAAGUGUAAGGAAAAGCUCUGCGAGAGGCUCUCAGAAACAUAUUGAAGUCAGCAAGCAAACCUCGGGAGACAAAGAGAAGGCAGCCUUAGUCAUUCAGAGUAAUUAUCGAGGAUACCGAAGGCGAGGACAGCUCAGGAAAGAAGGGAAAUUGCCGGGUGGGAACCAAGAGAGAGCACACCAUGAGGGGAAUGGUGGAGGGAGCAGUCAAAAUCCCGGUCCAAAGGCAACAAUAGCGAGGCAGAGAUUCAGCGCUGAGGCUGAGGGAUCAAAUGAUGUUCCGGAAGAUGGCCCAGAGAAGGACAAGUCGGAUCUGGCGGCAUUUUCCAGGCAGAUAUCAAAAUUAUCGGAAGACUAUUUGGUGCUGCAGCAGAAGCUGAACGAAAUGAUUCUGUCCCAUCAACUGAGGCCUGUGAUGCUCUCCAAAGACAAGCAAACAAAUGGCCACCUUCCUCCUCGUGUGUGCCAGCCUGUUGCUUCCAAAUCAGAGGAUGCUCACUCUGUGCAAAGGAGCCCAAGGAGGCCCCAGAAACCCAAGACACUAAAUAACCCCGAAGACUCGACAUAUUACACUCUCAUACAUAAAUCAGUCCAGGAUGAAAAGCGGAAACCAAGAAAAAACAGUCUGGGCAAGAUACUAGAUGUAGAAGAUCCCUAUUACCAAGAAUUUUCAUCCACUGAUUUAAUCUCAAAUGCAAGUAAUACCUGCACACGAGAAAAGACACCGCCAACAGAGCCCAGAACUGAAACAUUAAGCGUUAGUGAAGGGCCAAGGGUCACAGAGACUCCAGUGGAAGAGAACAAAAGCAAGGAUAAUCCUUAUGACUAUCAAAAAUUGUUACGGAAGACCUCUCAGCGCCGGCGCCUUAUCCAGCAGUAUUAGCUGCUGCUGCUGCUGCUGCUGCUGUUUGGUUUUCAUCAGCAUGAGCUUCUCCUCCUUUUUUUUUUGGUAUGGUUUUAUACUGUGUCCUUUUCUUUUUAAUCUCUCCCCCCCACCCCGCAAUUCUCUCUGGCAUUUUAAAUCAACUGUGUGCUUACGUUUGUGGACACACAAGAUUGUAGCGCCUUACAGGGAAAGAUGUCAGGGUUUGCAGAGUACUGUAAUUUGUUAGGUGGGUUUUUUUUAAAAAAAGAAAAUGUAAAUGUAUGAAAUAUUAUUUUAUUAGUAUG